GCCCUGCCCUCACCCUCACGCUGAGUCUGUGCUGUGCAAACCACUGGGGCCUGGGCGCCUGCAGAAGCCCUAAUGAGAUGGCUCAUGGGGUUUGACUAUUUUUCUUUCGGAGGAGAGCAGCGCCGCCUUCCCACCUGCAGACAAUAAGUGCUCCGCUGUCUGGGCCCUGGGCUCGCUGGCUCGCCCGCGGCUGCUUGGCUGCAUCCCGCCAGGUGGUGGCUGAGAAGCGCCGUCUGCUGCCCGCUGCCUAGCUGUGCGGUCUUGCACUGACGGCCUUACCCUCUCUGAGUCCUGAUUUCAUUCCUUGUGAGGCGUGGGUCUGGUUGUCCUCUGUGUCAAAGGAUUAGAAGGCACGGGGGCUGCUCCUGGUGGCAGAAGAAAAGAAAAACAGCAGGAUCCACGUGGAGGUGUGCGGGCAGCUGCACUUGCUUGCUUGGGGCAGGGCUGGCUCCAGUCCAGGGCAGGAGACGCCCACAGCCCCUCCGCGGGUACAUAAGGAGCCCCAGGCCUGGGGGCCAGGCCGCCGUGCCCCAGUUUCUCUCCAGCACACAUCUCCUGUUCUUGCCUCUCUCGUGCCAGCUGAGGACACCCGCUACCUGGCCAUGGCGACCACAUUUCUGCAGACCUCUUCCUCCACCUUUGGGGGCUGCUCUACCCGAGGGGGUUCCCUCCGGGUCGGGGGAGGUGGCUUUGGCGGGGGGAGUCUGUACGGCGGAGGUGGAAGCCGAGGCAUCUCAGCUUCUUCUGCUAGGUUUGUCUCCUCGGGGAUGGGAGGAGGCUACGGGGGUGGCAUGAGCUGCGGCUUUGGUGGUGGGGCUGGUAGCAGUUUUGGCGGAGGCUUUGGUGGAGGUUUUGGCGGAGGUUUCGGAGGUGGCUCUGGUGGGGGUUUCGGCGGGGGCUUUGGUGGUGAUUUUGGUGGUGGCGAUGGGCUCCUCUCUGGCAAUGAGAAGAUCACCAUGCAGAACCUCAAUGACCGCCUGGCCUCCUACCUGGACAAGGUGCGCGCGCUGGAGGAGGCCAACACAGACCUGGAGGUGAAGAUCCGAGACUGGUACCAGCGGCAGAGCCCAGCCAGCCCGGAGCGGGACUAUAGCCGCUACUUUAAGGAAAUCGAAGAGCUCCGGGACAAGAUCCUGGCUGGUACCAUUGACAACUCCCGAGUCAUCCUGGAGAUUGACAAUGCCAGGCUGGCUGCCGACGACUUCAGGCUCAAGUACGAGAACGAGCUGACCCUGCGCCAGAGCGUGGAGGCUGACAUCAACGGGCUGCGCAGGGUGCUGGAUGAGCUGACCCUGGCCAAGACGGACCUGGAGAUGCAGAUCGAGGGCCUGAAUGAGGAGCUGGCCUUCCUGAGGAAGAACCACGAGGAGGAGAUGAAGGAGUUCGGCAGCCAGCUGGCCGGCCAGGUCAACGUGGAGAUGGACGCGGCCCCGGGCGUGGACCUGACCCGCGUGCUGGCCGAGAUGAGGGAGCAGUACGAGGCUGUCGCAGAGAAGAACCGCAGGGACGCCGAGGCCUGGUUCUUCAGUAAGACCGAGGAGCUGAACAAGGAGGUGGCCUCCAACACAGAGAUGAUCCACAGCAGCAAGACGGAGGUCACCGAGCUGAGGCGCACGCUGCAGGGCCUGGAGAUCGAGCUGCAGUCGCAGCUCAGCAUGAAAGCCGGGCUGGAGAGCUCACUGGCUGAGACCGAGUGCCGCUACGCCACGCAGCUGCAGCAGAUCCAGGGCCUGAUCGGGGGCGUGGAGGAGCAGCUGGCCCAGCUGCGCUGCGAGAUGGAGCAGCAGAGCCAGGAGUACAAGAUCCUGCUGGAUGUGAAGACGCGGCUGGAGCAGGAGAUCGCCACCUACCGCAGCCUGCUCGAGGGCCAGGACGCCAGGAUGGCUGGCAUCGGCACCCGGGAAGCUGUCCUGGGGGGCGCUGCAGGUGGAGGCAGCAGCAACAAUUUCCGCAUCAAGGUUGAGGAGACGGUGGACGGCAAAGUGGUUUCCUCCCACAAGCGAGAUGUCUGAGCGCCCACACAGGAGGGCCGGCCCUGCCACCCGUGACCCCGGGGCCCGGGAAGGGGGGCUGGCUAGAGGCACUGAAAGGAACUUCUGCUCCUGCUGUGCUCCCCAGGUCCCCUGGUGGAUGGCUUUCCAUGUUUUCUGUCCCAUCCUGCACUCCCUACCUCCUCUGGAGUGUGAAAAGCUGCUGGCUGGGGACCCUAAUUCCACAGGCCUCUGUCUGCUUCCUCAAUAAAGUUUUGCUUUUCCUUUAGCAAAUGUCUCUUGGU